CAAACAUACUGAAAAUUUAAUGUGUUUUGCUUUAAAGAUACGCACUUAUUUUUCGAAAACUUGGAGAAACUUAUUUCUCUGCUAUAAAGGAAAGACUUUUUGAGACCACAAAAUUCAAUGGCUACGAGAGCAACAUAAACGCUACAACAACCGCACAACAACGACAGCAACAACAAAUAGUAAUAUACAUGCAAACAAUGUAAUAAUGUCAACGCUUGCAGCAACAGCGCAAAUGCCAGGAGUCGCCAAGUCAAAGACACUUGUGGGAAAUGUGGCAAGCAAUGCUACAACGACAACAACAACAACAGCAACGACAACGACAACGAUAAUAACAGAAAGGACAACAAGAGUUACGACAAAAUUAAGCAAUCAAGAUAAUCACAAUGAGUAUGUUGCUGCCAACGCCGCUGAUGCGAAGUAUUUAAGGCACGCAACGCUGGGAAAUUUUAAUCAACAAAACGAGCAGCGUCCUGCCAGGCUGGUGAGCUGCAACAGCAACAACAAUUCACGCGGCACAUGCAGCUGUUGCGGUGGAGAACAGCGCCAGCAGCAACAACACCAACAACAGUUGAGGCUAAGCACAGAGAUGAACGAUGUCAACAGCAUGUGCGGCAUAGCAGCAACAGCAACAACGCCGGCUGUAAUGUUGCACGAAAUGAAUGAUGUCAGCCGCUGCCAGCGCAUUUUAAGUAACAAUAAUUCAUGCUGCCGCGCUGAUAACUACAUUAAAUGGAAUUAUGAGCGCCAGGCUUUAGAAAGUGAUAAUGAAAGCGCGCCACACACACGCUUGCAUAAGCAGCCAGUGCGCUACCACACGCGGCGCGCCACCACUGUUUGCACAACGCCCAGAGUGGGCGCUUUAUCGGCGCCGGAAAUUUCAACACGCGUGUCAGCGUUACCCGCGGCGCUCGAUAGCAGGCAGGCAAAUGGUACAAAAACACGCACAAUCGCGCAACAGCAGCACUUGGCCCUAACGGCAGCAGUACUUAUCGCUGAGCCGGGUUUAAAGAGCGCAUCCGGCUCAAAAAGCACGAACAGUUUGGGUGCUGCAAGUGACGCGCUUGCUGUGGAGGGUCGCGUGUGCAAACCCAUAAAGUGCAACAAAAAGCGCCACCUUAAUGCGCGCAGCGGCAAACAUAGAAGAAAGCAUUGCAAGCGCAAGCGGCGCUGCCACUCGCCGACCAACAGCGUCCGAACGGAAAUGGCUGAAACAAAAGGCGCGGUGAAAACGCGCGCGACAAAAAGUCCAAAAGCUCUGAAUUCGGGCGUAUUGACGUCAUUUCUUUUGAAUUCAACUUUGCUGGCAUUGAGCAAUGCCACCGCUGCCACGGCGCUCUCUGCAGUGGCGGCAACACUCGGCGAAACUAUUAAUAGUUCCAUGGGCACUGAUGCGUCCCCAUCAGCGCCCGCUGCCAACAUGGUUGGGAGUGCGUAUGAAAACGUCAGCGCUGCUAACGGUAAUGGCAGUCACGGUGGCAGUCAAAUAGUUUUCCCCAAUGGCGGCACUAGUGAUAUUAGUUUUAAUGACAGCGACAAUUUGCUGGACGAAGAUGAUCGCGAAUAUAUUUUCGACCGCACCGAUGUGCGCAUCAUUUUUAUAACGCUGUAUACGCUAGUGUUUUGUUGUUGCUUUUUCGGAAACUUACUUGUGAUACUGGUUGUAACAUUAUCGCGGCGCUUGCGCUCAAUAACGAAUUUCUUCCUAGCAAACUUAGCAUUAGCCGACUUCUGUGUGGGUCUAUUUUGUGUGAUGCAAAAUUUAUCGAUUUAUCUUAUAGAUAGCUGGGUGUUUGGCGAGUUUCUUUGCCGCAUGUAUCAAUUUGUGCACUCGCUCAGUUACACGGCGUCGAUUUUCAUUCUCGUCGUCAUCUGCAUGGAGCGUUACUUUGCCAUUGUCCAUCCAAUUACGUGUAAGCAGAUCUUAACGGCGACUAGAUUGAGGCUGGCCAUCUUAACCGUUUGGGUCACCUCAGCCGUUUACUCGACGCCCAAGUUCGUAUUCAGCAAAACUAUUAAGAAUAUACACACUGAGGAUGGGCAGGAGGAGGAGAUUUGUGUGCUGGAUCGCAAGAUGUUCAAUUCCCAGUUACUGGAUAUGAUCAAUUUUGGACUGCUCUACGUAAUACCGCUGCUUGUGAUGACGGUGCUCUAUAGCAAAAUUGCGGUCGCUUUGUGGCGCAGCUCACACGGUCUCUCGCACCAUUUAGUCACACAGCAUCAGCAACAGCAGCAGCAACAACAACAGCAGCAACAGCAACAACAAGACGAAAGCAUGAGCUUACAUAACAGCAUGUAUCAUCAUCAACAUUCACAACAUCACAAUCACAAUCAUCACCAUCAUCAUCAUCAUCCGCAUACGCAACAACUACAACAACAUAAUCAUCAUAUGUCCUAUAAUCAUCAUUCAGCACAGACAACAACGACACUGCACAACAUCAGUCAUCAUCCGAAUCAUUUGCAACAGACACACGCGGAGCAACAGUUGCCCGGCGCUGAGUUGACGCACACCACUGUUGUGGGCGUGGUGGGCAUGGGUAGUCUGAGUGGUUGUGGCGCUGGCGCUGGUGGCGGUGGAGGUGUCGGUAGCGGUGGUGUUGUUGUCACCAGUAUGACGAGCGGCUUGUUGUCGCGCAGGCAGAGCAGCAAGUACGAGAAGCGCGGCGUCAGCAUCACCGAGAGCCAGCUUGACAACAGGAACGUUUCACUGGACUCCGAACGGCCCAUUGUAUCGGCUUGCCGCAACGGCAGCAAUAACAACGGCAAUGGCAGUAGCGGUGGCAUCAGUGGCGGCAGCAUGAAUAGCACACAUAAAAGCAGUUUUAUGCAACAUCAUCAUCAUACAUCGGCGCAUCCGCAUCCGCAUCAGCGAGCGCGCGUCGCACACAUGUCGCACUCGUCGAAUAAUGUGUUGCGCGCCAGACGCGGCGUGGUGCGCAUGCUCAUCAUUUUCGUAUUAACCUUUGCGCUGUGCAAUCUGCCAUAUCAUGCGCGCAAAAUGUGGCAAUACUGGUCACGUUCAUAUCGCGGUGAUUCGAAUUUCAAUGCGCUGCUCACACCGCUCACCUUCCUCGUCACCUACUUCAAUUCGGGCAUUAAUCCGUUGCUCUACGCCUUUCUAAGCCGCAAUUUUCGCAAAGGCAUGAAGGAGCUGCUGUUGUGUUCCUGGAAGAAGGGCAAGGGCAAAUCAUCGUCGAACUCAUCGAUGCAUCACAAGCGCGUGGCAUUGCAGACUCACUCGCUACCAACCGACACAACGCAUAUUGGCAACGAACAGCUAUGAUGACCCAUUCGUCGCGUUCGCAUACAACGGCGAGCUUUUGGCACAGCGUCGUAAGCUUUUCAACCGUCGCAGCAUAUACAUACCUACCUACAUACCUAGUAUAGAGUCUAGUUAUAUAUUUACAUAUAUAUGUGUUUGUACAACCGUUGGCAAAUAAUUAUUGUAUUGUGGGUUUCCAGGUGUACUCAUUUGUUUUUGUUAGCGCUUUGCUUUUCAAUUAUAUGCUUUUUCCUAUCGUACGAUAUAAGAACUCUUCGAAUUUUAAGUGAAAAUCAAACAAACAAUUGCUGUGCUAUAGCUUUUUCUUGUAAUUAUGCAGAUUAAAGCAACAUUUUUAUUGAUGUGAUGUUUUCGAAGCUUCAAAUGUGAUUAGUGAUAACGGUUUUUGGCAUAAACUAAAUAUUUGAUAUACAUAUAUGACGAAUAAUAUAUGUAGUUUAAGGUAACUGAGUAGUGUUUUAAUGCAGUCAUAAUGUAAUUAAGUACUUAUAGUUGAUGUA